ACUAACAAUGCUGUCCUGAAAUGACUGUGUGUUGCUGUCAGAAGUUAGAAAACAAACAAACAAACAAACAAACAAACAAAAAAACGGUCGUGUCGCCUGCCCGAGCGUCUCUUUUCACUUCCAGGCUGGAAGGCUGCGUCCUCACGCAAACGUCCGACAGGUGAGCAGAGUUGAGGGACUUGUUGUUGACCGUCGCUAAUCGGAUUAUCUGACCCGCGAGGAUUAUUUGACCGUCGGGAUGCGACGGAAACGGACGAGGCUACUCAUUCACCUCUCUACUAGCUUCAUUUCUUUUAGGAGAAAUGCCUCUCUUUAUAAACCGGGACCAAAUUUUUGCGCACCAGGUACAUUUGCUGGAGCACAAAUUGAGGAGUAAGGAAGAGCGAAUACUGGAGCUGGAGACAGAGAAUGCUAUUCUUCAUUUAAGACUUGCACAGUGUCUGGGGAAACAACGUCUUGACCAUGAACAGGAGACCAAAGCCCUGAACCAUCAUCAGCACCAGAGGGAUGCACAGAAUAUAACCCGGUCAGCCCUGGCCAAACUCCUGUCUGGAGUCCAGGCUUUGAGGCAGGACCUGAGUGAGGUGUUUGCAGUGUACAUGAGUUUUGCCACCGAGCUGGAGGAGCAGAGCAAGCAGCUACUGGAGAAAGUAGCGCAAGCCAAAUCCUCCCUAAAUGGGCACCAUGGAGAUGAGGUUCAGAACUUGCAGGCUCAUAUUGCAGCUGUAGAGCGCUCUCUGGAGGAGGAGAAGGAGAGGUGCAAGGCAGAGCGGCAGAGGAGGAAAGAACUUCACAACACACUGGUGGAGAUGAGAGGUAACAUUAGAGUUCACUGCAGGGUGCGGCCAGUUCUACCCUUUGACCAUGUCCAGUCCUUCACAUCUGGAUCAGGACCUGCAUCAUCAGAGGAGGUGGUCUAUGCCAUCAGUGAUGACACGGUGAUAGUGAAUUGCCUGAAGACAGGGAUGCCAGUGCAAAACAAGAUGUUUGAAUUUGAGAGAGUGCAUGGACCAGAGGACUCCCAGGAUGCUGUGUUUGACGAGGUCAAGCCGCUCCUUACAUCCCUGCUGGAUGGCUAUAAUGUUUGUAUCAUGGCAUAUGGACAGACAGGCAGUGGGAAGACUCACACCAUGAUGGGAUCCAAGCCGCCAGAGGAGCACUCAAGGAUGCAGCAGGAGGCACAGCAGGGUAUUAUCCCCAAGGCUGCUGCUGAGCUGUUUCGGCUGAUCUCUGAGAAGCCUGCAGAGAGCCACACGGUGGAGGUGUCAGUGAUGGAAGUGUAUAACAAUGAGGUGUUUGAUCUGCUGGCCAGAGAUGAGCAGGGGAACGCUGCCGGCCAGCGCAGGGACGUCAUCACCACCUCCUCUGGUACCAGCCAGGUCACCUCCCUUACAUACGAGCCUGUGUGUAGCGCCUCUGAGGUGAUGCAGAUCAUCAACAGCGUUCUGAAACUCAGAGCUCACUGUCCCACCUUUGUCCAUACCGACUCUUCACGCUCUCACCUCAUUGUAACCCUCACCAUUUCCUCCAAGAGCUCCAAUGCCCUGGCCCUGGCCCGCAGGCUACAGAGUUUCAAGCAGGACAUGCAGUGCUCCACCCAGAAGGAGUGGUGGAGUCCACGCUGUCGCCGUGCCAACCCUGCUGCCCGACACUCACAAGACGAACUCUUUGCUAGCCCUGCCUCCUCUCCCGGCCUUUCACCUUCCCAUUCCCCAUGUCCCUCCCCCAGACACAGUAUCUCACAGACUCCAUUCAGGACCAAGCUGCAGCUGGUGGACCUGGCAGGGAGCGAGUGUGUUGGUAUGUCUGGAGUUUCAGGUGCUGCACUGUGGGAGGUGUCCUGUAUAAACCGCAGCCUCUCUGCUCUGUCUGACGUUCUGGGCGCUCUGGCCGAACAGAGACCACACGUCCCCUACAGGAACAGCAAACUGACUCAUCUACUUCAGGACGCCAUAGGUGGCGAUGCCAAGUUGUUGGUGAUGUUGUGUGUCUCUCCCACGCAGCGCUUCAUCACCGAGUCUCUGCAGUCUCUGGGAUUGGGCACGCGGGCCCGCCAGGUGCAGAAGGCGUCACCGCGAAGGAAGAAUAACACCCUCAAAGUUAAGUGACCAGACAGGGGAAGAUUUUAAUCCCUGGCAACUGCUCUGGCAGUACAUAUCCUUUAACAGUCAGCCAGUAGAACAGAUUUGAGGGUUAAGAUGUAUACC